CAAUAAACGUGUUCACGUAAAACUCCAGACAGUUUCUCUAGACUGGAGUCUUAUCAUCGGGGAGACCUCAUUUUACCUUUAGUUUAGGGAGAGAAUCCACGAAGAGAAAGCAAUAGCUUAUACCUCGGUCUUGCCCAGGGUCAGUGUCGUCGCCGAGUUCAAAGGGACCCAAUUGGACCAUUCCCCUAGAAUGAAUGAGUGUCCUGCCUGGGAACAGCACGGUCAAACAGUUGCCCUCACAUGGCCAUAGCAAGCCCGGUUCACUUAGAAGCAAAGCAAGAGGAGAGGAAAGCCUUCCUCAUUUCUCCUCCAGACUGCAAACACUCAGAAAUGACAUCACACACCCCACAGAGCCCCGGAAUGACUAAGGCAGAGGCAGCCUGAGAAAACUCUGCUCAGCCCUGAGUUUUAGGGCACAGUUAUGCAGAUGAGCGUCUGGGCGCAGGUUCCCGCCUUCUUCCUCUGAGGAAGUUUCUUGGUAGAUCACUGACACCUCAUCCCGGCGAGGGGGUGAAAACUUGGCACCGGCCACCCCUGGGCAGAACACCAGAGAGAGCUUGGAAGCAAGGAGUCGGCAAGCAAACAAUGAAGGAGCAAGGGGGCACCGUCAGUGGCGCCGGGAACAGUCGAGGCGGAGGAGACUCGGCUAUGGCCAGCCUGCAGCCGCUGCAGCCUAACUACCUGUCUGUGUGUUUGUUUGCAGAAGAAUCAUAUCAGAAACUAGCAAUGGAGACGCUGGAGGAACUAGACUGGUGUCUAGACCAGCUAGAGACCAUCCAGACCUAUCGCUCUGUCAGCGAGAUGGCUUCAAACAAGUUCAAAAGGAUGCUGAACCGGGAGCUGACACAUCUCUCGGAGAUGAGCAGAUCAGGGAACCAGGUGUCUGAAUACAUUUCAAACACGUUCUUAGACAAGCAGAAUGAUGUGGAAAUCCCAUCUCCCACCCAGAAGGAUAGGGAGAAGAAGAAAAAGCAGCAGCUCAUGACCCAGAUAAGCGGAGUGAAGAAACUGAUGCACAGCUCAAGCCUGAACAACACAAGCAUCUCGCGCUUCGGAGUCAACACGGAAAAUGAAGAUCAUCUAGCCAAGGAGCUGGAAGACCUGAACAAAUGGGGCCUUAACAUUUUCAACGUGGCUGGAUACUCACACAACCGACCCCUCACGUGCAUCAUGUAUGCUAUAUUCCAGGAAAGAGACCUUCUAAAGACUUUCAAAAUCUCAUCCGACACCUUUGUUACCUACAUGAUGACUUUGGAGGACCAUUACCAUUCUGAUGUGGCGUAUCACAACAGCCUGCAUGCUGCCGAUGUGGCCCAGUCAACGCACGUUCUCCUUUCUACGCCAGCAUUGGAUGCAGUCUUCACAGACCUGGAAAUCCUGGCUGCCAUUUUUGCAGCUGCCAUUCAUGAUGUUGAUCAUCCGGGAGUCUCCAACCAGUUUCUCAUCAACACAAAUUCGGAACUUGCUUUGAUGUAUAACGAUGAGUCUGUGCUGGAGAACCACCACCUCGCUGUGGGAUUCAAACUGCUCCAAGAGGAACACUGCGACAUCUUCCAGAAUCUUAGCAAGAAACAACGCCAGACGCUCAGGAAAAUGGUGAUUGACAUGGUGUUAGCAACGGACAUGUCUAAACACAUGAGCCUGCUGGCAGACCUCAAAACGAUGGUAGAAACCAAAAAAGUGACAAGCUCGGGUGUUCUCCUUCUGGACAACUAUACUGACCGGAUACAGGUCCUUCGUAACAUGGUACACUGUGCAGACCUAAGCAACCCCACCAAGUCCUUGGAAUUGUAUCGGCAAUGGACGGAUCGCAUCAUGGAGGAGUUUUUCCAACAGGGAGACAAAGAACGGGAGAGGGGAAUGGAGAUUAGCCCAAUGUGUGAUAAACAUACAGCUUCUGUGGAAAAAUCCCAGGUUGGUUUCAUUGACUACAUUGUCCAUCCACUGUGGGAGACCUGGGCAGACCUGGUUCAACCCGAUGCUCAAGACAUUCUGGACACCCUAGAAGAUAACAGGAACUGGUACCAGAGUAUGAUACCCCAGAGCCCCUCCCCACCCCUGGAUGAGAGGAGCAGAGACUGCCAGGGUCUUAUGGAGAAGUUUCAAUUUGAACUGACCCUUGAAGAAGAGGACUCUGAAGGACCAGAAAAGGAAGGAGAAGGCCACAGUUACUUCAGCAGCACAAAGACACUUUGUGUGAUCGAUCCCGAGAGCCGGGAGUCCCUGGAAGAGACAGACAUAGACAUUGCGACAGAAGACAAGUCCCCGAUCGACACAUAAGUUCCUUCGACGUGGAGAUGAACAUUCCACCUUUGACAAGCAUGCCAGCUGAGUGGUAGGGCCAGCCUACCAUGGCCAAGGCCUGCCCAGGACAAAGGCCACCUGGCCUUUUCCAGUUACUUGAGUUUGGAGCCAGAAUGCAAGGCCGUGAAGCAAAUCGCCCUUCCGUGCUGCCUUGCCUUGCCUGCAAGCUUGGCGGAGCCCCGCAGCUGUGUGUGGUAGUGAGGCCCAUUCCCAUCACAGCGAGACGGCUUGAAAGCAGAGGCUACGAAGCCGAGAGAAUGCUCUGCACUAGGUGUUGGGAGGCCGUCCCAACAGGCGACUGAACUUACUAACAACUUCAUUUCUAACUCUCACCCACCCCAUUGUCUGCCCACCUGUGUGCCUUUUUUGUACAACGUUUUCGUGUCUUUGAAACGCCUGUUGACUCUCUAGAGUUUAGUACCAACUUCUACACAGACACGUGUUUAAAUUUGACACAAACAGUUUUUGAGUCUUUCUGGGAAAACAAAACCAGAAGGAAAGCAAACAGUCUCCCUUCUUUCUUGGGCAAUAUCUUUGGCUCUCCUCCAGUUAACUUUGGCAAACAGACAGGACAGAUGCACUUCUAAGCACACGCCACUUCUUCUUUCUCUUUGUCCAGUCGGACUCCACAGCGGUCUCUGCAACUUCGAUGUUUGCCUGCCUGGAGUCGUUUUCCCCUGUGAAAUUCCUCUGCUUGGCUGUAAACUGAUGGAGAAAGCUGAACACACCAAGGAGCCCGGGGGAAGCUGUGGGGUUUGCUAUCCAUCUAUGUAGUGCUCAGUCAUGUAGGCCGUGUGUGCUGCUGUGCCCCAGCCUCCAUGCCUCUGUGACUCGCACGCCUCCUGCUGUCCCUUCCCUCCCACCUCUCGUCACUCAAGUAUACGACUUUCAACUUAAUGCUGCCGUCUUUGUCUUGCACUGCCUUCCUGCACUAACACUCCUCUCCACUCCUGUUUAUAACCGUGUAUUUAUUACAUCAUGUACAUAUUGUAAUGUUUUGUAAGUUAUUAAUUUAUAUAUCUAACAUUGCCUGCCAAUGGUGGUGUUAAAUUUGUGUAGAAAACUCUGCCUAAGAGUUGCAACCUUUUCUCGUAAUGUUUUGUAUUGUGUAUUAUAUAAUCCAAACCUUGCUUAAGAGCAACAUGAAGCCCCAUUAGCAACGAGGACAGGAAUGGCCAUUGUUCCAAGGGUCUGCCCUUUCCUUGUCUGAGUCCCUAAUCCUGCCCACCCCUUUGAUGAGCUGGUUUUGCAAACAGGAUUCUCACAUUAGAUACUAAAUGGUUUAUACUGAGGUUUAUUUUGUACAGUUUGAUAGGGGCUAGGAGCACUGGGAUGCAGUUUUGACCCAUGUUCUAUCCAAGUCUCUGUACGCACGAGUUGGGUUGUCCCUGGGCUCUGCUCUAAUUGUGGCUUUGGUUCUAAAAACACAACACUACAUUCGCUCACAGAUGAUACUGAGUGUUCCCGAACUACUGACUUGGAAGAGCUAGCCUCCAUGCUGCUCCCAGGCAGGGGAGACGUGUUCAAAUUCACCAUGAAAGGAAACAAUAAGACAAUGUGAAUUUUUAUCGUAGAAUGUGAAGUGACGUCGUAAAUUAUACAAAUGUGAAGCUUCUGAUAACACUUGUUAGGCCUCUUCCUGGUGUCAGUUUCAGUCUGUAAAAUAUGUGUCAUGCUUCAGUUUAGCCUUGUGACAUCGGUUAAAGAAAAUGGCACACAUGUGCAUGACCAAUGGGUUCGUAUGUCUGUAACACUGCGUUGCUCCAGGUAGACAUUAUAUUGUUUUCAAAGGUUUCUCACAAUGUAUGUUAUAAUAUUAUUACUAUUAUAUAUUGUGCUCAGAUGCAUUCGUAAGAGACUUUUAUAUGAGCUGAAUAAACAAAAGCAUGAAUAGA